UCCGGGUAUUUCCCAUUUCAUAUCUGUUUUUAUUAUCUGAUUUUCUCGAAUAAAAUUGAUAUCUUAGGCACUAUAGGAUGGAUGACACACUUUUUCAAUUGAGGUUCACUGCCAAACAGUUGGACCGUUUGUCCAGUAAAGCUGAGAAAGAGGAAAAAAAACAGCAAGCAAAGGUCAGAAAGGCUAUCCAGCAAAAGAACAUUGAAGGAGCCAGAAUAUAUGCAGAAAAUGCCAUCCGUAAAAAAAAUGAGAGCUUGAACUACCUCCGGCUAAGUGCACGAGUAGACGCUGUUCAGUCUAGGGUUCAGACAGCUCUUACUAUGAAGGGGCUCACCAAAGACAUUGGCAGAUUAACCAAAGAUUUAGACAAAGUUAUGGCAUCGAUGGAUUUAGAAAAAGUGUCCAAAAUAAUGUCUAAGUUUGAGUCCCAGUUUGAAGACCUUGAUGUCAGGACAGCGACUAUGGAUGACACACUGAGCAGUGCCACGACAUUGUCGACACCUCAGGACCAGGUUGAAGCCCUCAUCCAGCAAGUAGCAGAAGAGAACGGCCUUGAGGUUAUGGAUCAGUUGAAAGAUUUGAACCCUGGCGCUUCGAUACGAUCAGCCGAACCUACAGCGUCCGUAUCAGAUAAACAAGAAGACCAGUUAUCAAGAAGAUUGGCUGCAUUACGGAACUGAUCUUAUGAUGUUGAUUCUAGCAAGAGGAAGAGACUUUGUACAUAUGUUACUUGAUUCUUGCAGGAGGAAUGAAUAGACUUUGUACAUAAUUUGUUACAUACUGCAGGAUUCUGCAUCAUCCAUGGAGUUUCAUCAAGUUAACUCAAAUGACUGUAUGUAACUUACAUAUUGCCUGGAGAAAAUGCUACAUGUAUAUGUCUCCCAUGUGUCUGCUUAGGGAUUUUGAGAGUUAAAGUGACCUUUCAGUCCCAGAUUCACCUGUAGGAGGUCAGACGAAUGGAUGUUAGCCCUCAGAAAUUCUGCUCAGGAUAGACUUGCGCUAGCAGAAGUUUUAACCUUAAAGUAUGAAGUUUCAGCACAGUUCUUUUUGAUUACACAUCAGAAGUUGUGAAUGAGGUAGUCAAUGGGACAGUUAAGAUGGUAAAAAAUAGGUAAUUUAAAACCACCUCCAUCAUCCAUUGAAAACAAUGUAAAUCUCUUGUCCUGGCUGUCAUUCUGUAUAUAUAUAUGUACAGACAUGUGCUGUACUUGUAUAUUAUUGUUGAUUGAUGUACUAUGUUUCUACGCUUAUCUAUCAUACUUUUAAGGUAAUAAAGAAACAUUAAUUUUAAA